CUUAAGCACCAAAAAGAUCGCAACAUGCAUCGCCUUGAUACAAAAAAUCCACACAGGAAUCCCACUGCAUCUACCUGGAGAUUCCAUGGACACUUUCCUCAUCGCCCUCCUUUGCCCGCCGCCACUCACACGCUCUCCUUCCUCUCCUCUUCCAAUCUCCGACUCCACCCCUAUAUAUAAGCAAAACCAAAGCAGCAUCCAAACCCAACACAAACACUCUCAAGAACACGAGCCCGUCAGAGGCCAGGGAGUGGAGAGUUGUUCUUGAAUCGAUCUGCUGCCAAUGGCGAUGCCGGGGUCGCCGGGCGCGGGCGCUCUCCGGUUUCUUGGCCUCCUGAAGCAGCCGGAGUCGGGCCCUGACGCGCCGUCGUUCGAGCUCGACGAGCUAGACGUGGUGUGGCCGGCGGGCGGCGGCGACCCGCUGGUGCCCGUGGCGCCGCCGCGCGCGAGGCGUCGAUCGCACACCGUGCCGCAGAGCUUCGGACUGUCCUCCCUCCUCGCCGACGGCGGAGGAGAGCGUGCGGGGGUGGCCGUGCCCGUGAGGGCGGUGGCGCCGGGAGCAGGCGCUGCUGCGCCGAGGCAGUCGGCGCCAGUGAUGGUGCCGGUGUGGCCAGGGAGGGCGGCGCGCCCUGGGGAGGACGGGAGGGGCGCCAGGAAGGCCGAUGAGUCCGACGACGAGGAAGGGGAGGCGGAGAUGAUGCCGCCGCACGUGGUGGCGGCGCGGCGCCACGCGCGAUCGUCGUCGGUGCUGGAGGGCGCCGGGAGGACACUCAAGGGGCGCGACCUCCGCCGGGUCCGCAACGCCGUCCUCCGGCAGACCGGUUUCCUGGACCUGUGAACAAGCGAAGGCCCAUCGACCCCAUCAAAGAAAGCAUCAGAUCUCUUCAGCUCCUGCCAUUUCAGCUGCCCCUGCCCUCUAGUCUCCAGUGUAACAAAAACCAGACCUUGUUCAAUGUCUCUCAACUCCUAAACUGAAUUCAAUACAUUCAAUCUGAUUGGUUUGAUGAAAAAGACUCCACUUUUUCACCUGAAUUCAAACACUCACCGGGCUGAAGAAAGAAAGGAAAAAGGAAAACCUUCAUUUUUCUCAGCACGACAAUCACAAUCGAUGAUGUUGUUGCCAACAUCAACAUGUCCAUCAAUUAGGUCACUGUGGUACCCUACUCUAUGAUCAAAUUGGGCUCUUCUACCACUAAAGAAACCAUGAUUUUGACACGGGCAAUACAAUAUCGAACCCUACACUACAUCAACCAUCCUAGUCUAAUAUACUAGCAUCUGCAGCUCGGUGGUGGUUUCACACCAGCAUGAUGCAACGUAGUUUGUAGUUUUGUACCCAUUUGCCCAAUCAGCUUGACAUGGAAGCCAAUAGGCCGCUCAGGUAUUCCAAUCAUUCUCGCAUUCUUCUUCCUCCUCUGCUCAGCUCAUCAGUCAUCAGUGGUGGGGUUGGUGGCGCACGUACAGCGAUCCUGAAUUAUUUUACUCGUCGCCAGUUGAGGCUUGGAAAUCAGAGAUCAGAAAUGCAGAUCCCUAUGCCGUUCCAGGCUUCAGAUUCCUGCUAGUAUUAUUUUUUUAUGGUGCCCGUGCCGUCCUUUUUGUCUCUCGUCUUUUUCAUUCAGCCCGGGCUGUGCCUGUCAUGACUCGUGAGUGGGAUGGAUGGAUCAUCGAUGGUUAAUCCCUAUAUGUUCAUCUUCGGUUAGUGAUUGGAUUAGCAUUUUACUGGCCUUGUUAAUCCGUUUCUAUGGGUCUGUGGAGUGUGUUACUCUCGUUGGUUGAUGAGUCAAUGCCACGGGUGAUGAUGGAUUGCAAG